CAAACUUUAUAAAAAUUCAAUCAAACUCCUCUGUAUACUUCAAUUCAAAUUCUAAAACUUCUUUUCUCCAUAUGGAUAGCAGCAGUGAAAAUAACCAUGAAAUAGCUAUAGUUAUGGUUCCAUUUCCAGCUCAAAGCCAUCUCAAUCAACUUCUCCAACUUGCCUGCAUAUUCACCUCGUCGUAUAAAUUUCCAGUAUACUAUGUUGGUUCAGCCACACAUAAUCUUCAAGCUCGUGUUCGAGCCAACGCCUUAAAUCCUUCAGACAUAGCCAAAAUCCAUUUCCAUGAUCUCCCAACUCCUGAUUUUGCUUCCCCUACACCUGAUCCUAAUGCACUGAGCAAAUUCCCAUCUCAACUUUUCCCAUCCUAUGAUGCUAAUUCUAAGCUUCUGCGCGAGCCUAUUGCUUCUUUCCUUCGAGACAUUUCGUCUAAAUCAAGACGAGUUGUCGUUGUUCAUGAUGUUUUAAUGUCAUAUAAUGUUCAGGAUGUUUCUUCUUUACAUAAUAUUGAGUCUUAUAUAUUUAACUGUGUUUCUGUUUUCUUUAUGUAUUGUAGUUUCAUUUGCAUACCUAAAGGAAUGUCUAUUCCACUUGAAGAUGAAUUACUUGAAAAGUUACCUUCACUUGAAUCAGAUUCACCUGAAGAGAUUAACAAGUUAGUAACUUUUCAACUUCAGUAUAGAGAUAUUAGAUCUGGUGAUUUAUACAAUUCAAACAAAGUACUUGAAGGUAAUUUUCUUGAUUUGAUGGCAAAAUUUGCUAGUACACAAAACAAGAAACAAUGGGCAAUCGGACCGAUUUUACCUACUAAACUAGAUCAUGUAUCAAAUAAGAGAAACAUAUGUUUAGAUUGGCUUGACAAUCAAUUUCCAAGAUCAGUUCUUUAUGUAUCUUUUGGAUCGUCUACUACAUUUUCUGAUAAAGAAGUCAAGGAGCUCGCGAUGGGAUUAGAGCGAAGUGAACAGAAGUUCAUAUGGGUGUUGAGAGAUGCUGAUAGAGGAGAUAUAUUUAAAGGGGAAGAUAGAAGAUUUGAGUUGCCAGAAGGGUUUGAGGAAAGAGUUAAAGGGGUCGGGUUAGUGGUAAGAGAAUGGGCGCCACAGCUAGAAAUCUUGGCUCAUUCGUCGACUGGUGGAUUCAUGAGUCAUUGUGGAUGGAAUUCUUGUAUAGAGAGUAUUACUAUGGGAGUGCCAAUAGCUGCUUGGCCUAUGCAUUCUGAACAACCAAUUAAUUCCUUUUUUGUGACGGAGAUACUGAAAAUAGGCCUGAUUGUGAGAGAGUGGGAGAAACGCGAGGAGCUGGUGAGUGCAUCCACUAUUGAGAAUGUAGUGAGGAAGUUAAUGGCGUCAGAAGAAUGCGAUGAGAUUAGAAAAAGAGCAGAAGAAUUAGGAGCAGCAGUAAGGCAGUCCACAGAGAAAGGGGGUUCUUCUCAACUGGAGUUGGAUUCUUUCAUUGCUCAUAUCACAAGAUAGACUUUCGGAAACAGCCUCUCUACUCCAUCGGGUAGGGGUAAGGUCUGCGUACACACUACCCUCUCCAGACUCUACUAAUGAGAUUUUACUGGAAAAGCAUAGAGCAUGCGCGCUACGCUCUCGCCCUCCUUCCAUCCGCGAAGCUGAGGCGGGAGAAAAAGCAUAAUUCCCUGGUGUCAUAGGUUACCUUUCUAUCUUCCUCCUCGUGAUGGGUCGUUAUUAUUGUUGCUGUUGUUUGUUCAUGUCCUAACAUAGAAAUAUUUUAUGAAAAAAGAUUUUGUUUGUGGAUAGCUGUGUACUGUUUUGGCUUUUGUAACUCUUGGAUGAUUGUUUAUAUUUUGGCAACAUCCACUACAUGUAAAGGUUGUAUGUAAAAUAAAGCAUGCUAAAUUGUUGUA